GGAGGCAGCGUGGCCGGUAGCGUGUCCCCAGCUCGGUGUCCGCCCUGCGGCGACCGCAGAUGGAGCAUCGUGAGAAUACCGGAGCUGCAUCUCAGGGCGGAGUCGGAGCCCUCUGGUUGUGCCCGCGGUGACUCCGAACUCCAUCACUGCGGGGGCGGUCAUCCCCGCGCACUUGGUACAUUCGGAGAGGCCAGGCCCAGCCCGGGCGGUACAAUAGGGUUGGGCCGCGACCAGGACUGGGCCGGCGCGGGGCAAAGGAGCAGAAUCGCGGUCGCGGAGGACCGAUCUCGGCUAGCUGGCCACUCAGCUUUAUUAGCCACCGGCCUCGACCUCUCCCACUCCGAGCGCGGCCGCCUCUGGGUCUUUGCCCGCUGGGCGGGCCGGGCGGGAUGUGCCGCGGGACCCUGGUCCUGGCCUCCGGCCGUCGCCGCCGCCGCGGCUGAGACCCCCCCCCCCCAAAAAAAAAAAAAAAAAACCUCCAGUGACGCCGCAGCCAUGGAGAGUGGCCCGCGUGUGGAGCCCGGACCGGGCGCACCCGCAGCUGUGUUAGCCAGGAUCCCCCAAGAGCCAAGACCUUCUCCAGAAGGGGACCCUUCCCCUCCUCCACCACCAACACCGAUGUCAGCCUUAGUUCCUGACACUCCCCCGGACACACCUCCUGCCAUGAAGAAUACCACUCAUCCCAAGCAGCUUCCUCUGGAACCCGGGAAUCCCGCUGGGCAGAUCUCACCUCAGCCAGCUCCCCCACCGGAAGAAUGCCCAUCCUCAGAAGCAAAGAGCAGGGGACCCACCCCCACAGCCACAGGACCACGGGAUGCCAAGCCUCGAAGGAGCAGCCAACCAUCCCCAACCACAGUGCCAGCCUCUGACAGCCCUCCGGCCAAGCAAGAUGCAAAGAAGGCCGGAGAGAGACACAAGCUUGCCAAAGAGCGCCGAGAAGAGCGGGCCAAGUACCUGGCGGCCAAGAAGGCAGUGUGGCUGGAGAAGGAGGAGAAGGCCAAGGCGCUCCGGGAAAAGCAGCUCCAGGAGCGCCGCCGCCGGCUGGAGGAGCAGCGGCUUAAAGCUGAACAGCGCCGGGCCGCCCUGGAGGAGCGGCAGAGACAGAAGCUUGAGAAAAACAAGGAGCGCUAUGAAGCAGCAAUCCAGCGGUCCGUGAAGAAGACGUGGGCUGAAAUCCGGCAACAGCGCUGGUCCUGGGCAGGGGCCCUGCACCACAGCUCCCCUGGACGUAAGACCAGUGGGAGCAGGUGCUCCGUGUCGGCAGUAAACCUGCCCAAACACGUGGACUCUAUAAUCAACAAGCGGCUCUCAAAGUCCUCUGCCACGCUCUGGAACUCCCCCAGUAGAAAUCGCAGCCUGCAGCUGAGCGCAUGGGAGAGCAGCAUUGUGGAUCGUCUGAUGACGCCCACCCUCUCCUUCCUGGCUCGGAGUCGCAGUGCGGUCACACUGCCCCGCAAUGGCAGGGACCAGGGUAGGGGCAGCGGCCCUGGGAGACGCCCCACGAGGGCCCGGGCAGGGGCCAGCCUCACGCCCGGGCCACACCCCGACCGCACUCAUCCCUCUGCAGCCGUGCCAGUGUGCCCGCGCUCGGCCUCCGCCAGCCCCCUGACGCCGCCUUGCAGCGCCCCUCGGAGCGCGCACCGCUGCACCCCGUCCGGGGAGCGCUCAGAGCGGCGCAAGCCCGGCGCCGGUGGCAGCCCUGCACUGGCGCGCCGCCGGCUGGAAGCCACGCCGGUGCAGAAAAAGGAGAAGAAGGACAAGGAGCGGGAAAAUGAGAAGGAAAAGAGCGCCCUGGCCCGGGAACGUAGCCUCAAGAAGCGCCAGUCGCUGCCAGCGUCCAUCAGACCCCGCCACUCCACUGGCCCUGAGCUCAGCCCUAAGUCCAAGGCCCGGCCAUCCUCCCCCUCAACAACCUGGCACAGACCUGCUUCCCCCUGCCCCAGCCCAGGACCAGGCCAUGCCCUUCCUCCAAAACCACCAUCCCCCCGAGGCACCACUGCGUCACCCAAGGGACGGGUUCGAAGGAAGGAGGAGGCAAAAGAGAGCCCCAGCCCGUCGGAGCCUGACAAGAACCACGGCCGGAGCAGAGCCGCUGAGGAGAAGGAGCCGGCUGCCCUAGCUUCACCUGCGCCCUCACCGGUGCCCUCACCCACCCCAGCCCAGCCUCAGAAGGAGCAAUCCUCAACACAGAUCCUUGCAGACACCGCUGUCCCGGCUGUCCCGGCUGUCCCGCCUGCUCCUACUGCCCCUCCUACCGCUGCUCCCUCGGUGACCCCUAGCAAACCCAUGGCGGGCACCACAGACCGAGAAGAAGCCACGCGGCUCCUGGCUGAGAAGCGGCGCCAGGCUCGGGAACAGAGGGAACGAGAAGAACAGGAGCGGAAGCUGCAGGCUGAAAGGGACAAGCGAAUGCGGGAGGAGCAGCUGGCCCGCGAGGCUGAAGCCCGGGCUGAACGCGAGGCGGAGGCGCGGAGACGGGAGGAGCAGGAGGCUCGAGAGAAGGCGCAGGCUGAGCAGGAAGAGCAGGAGCGGCUGCAGAAGCAGAAAGAGGAAGCCGAAGCUCGGUCCCGGGAAGAAGCUGAGCGCCAGCGCCUGGAGCGGGAAAAGCACUUUCAGAAGGAGGAACAGGAGAGACAAGAGCGAAGAAAGCGGCUGGAGGAGAUAAUGAAGAGGACUCGGAAGUCAGAAGCCGCUGAAACCAAGCAGAAGCAGGACGGAAAGGAGACCACUGCUAACAAUACCGGCCCAGACCCUGUGAAAGCUGUAGAGACUCGGCCCUCUGGGCUACAGAAGGAUUCUAUGCAGAAAGAGGAACUGGCCCCCCAGGAGCCACAGUGGAGCCUGCCAGGCAAGGAGAUGCCAGGGUCCCUGGUAAACGGCCUACAGCCUCUCCCAGCGCACCAGGAGAACGGCUUCUCCCCAAAGGGCACCGCUGGGGACAAGAGUCUGGGUCGAGCAGAGGGACUCCUCCCAUUUGCAGAGGCAGAAGCCUUCCUCAAGAAAACCGUGGUGCAGCCUCCACAAGUCACAGAAGUUCUUUAAGCAAUUGCCUUGGACCCGGGUGCGGCUGUGAAGGCUCCUCCCUAUCAGCUCGUGGGUGUCUGGAAGAGAAAGAGAAGGAACAAAGAUGGAAGUGGCCCGGCCCCUGGCAGGGUCCCUCUUUGUUUUUGAUCUGCACCUUACAGACUGAUGAUGUCUUUGGCUGAGAGCAGGCCCUGCCCCUCAGUACAUCCGUGUGCUCACGCCCGGACACCCAUCUUCCCCACACACACAUACACUCAUAGCCUCUCUGGCCUCCCCCUGGGGAAGGACCACUUGUAGUAUUUGCCUUGGUUUGGUGGGGUACAGUGGCUGUGAAUACUGUAAAUAGCUCGUGCUCAGACACCUCUGCGUGGAGGAGGCGGGGACAGGAGGCAGACCCUCCUCCCACGCCUCCCUGGGGAGAUCUUCCUCUAUUUAACUGUAACCCGAGGGGGAACCCAGGUCUGGGAAUGGAGUGGCACCUUGGGCCACAGAAUACUGGUUGCUUCAGGAGCAAUGCCCCCUGUCCUCGCCUGGAAUCAGUGUUAUUACAUCUGAUCAAACUUCUCCGGAAAUAAAGUGAGAAUAAUUCUGCCAAA